AUGGAUGAAAUUGUAGUCCUAACAAAGGCAACUGAUCCAGUUUAUGGUAUCUGCAAUACUCAUGCCGGUCAGGACAGUACACCCAUUAAGGUGAUGUCUAGACGACGGUUUAAUCUUUCCCGUACAACACCAGGUGCAACACCAUUUGAUGAAGCACCAGAAUUUUGCCUCAACAAAGAUCUGAAAAAAAAAUUUCUUACUUCAAACUGUGAAACAGCGGGUGUUUAUGUAACACCACGUAAAGGUCGAUCAAUUCUUGUUGGCGUUCAAUUUGUUACCGCCGAUGAUGCACCCGAACGCGAUCCACUAACGUGUACGAUUGAAGGGAGUGAGUGCUCAACCGGUAAUCAAUUGACGAGAGGACAGAGCUGGGUACCGAUUUACCGUGGACCAACUGGUAUUAAUGCAAGAGAAACACCAGCUAGAAGUUCAUAUUGUGCUAUUCAACGAAUUAACAAUAAUGAACACGUCUAUAGAAGUUACCGGGUUAUCUUAGAAACAAAGCGGGUAUCAGCAGCAAGUUGUUGGCAAUUUUCAAGUGUAUUAUUAUUCGGAAAACUCGGUAAGUCAAAACCUUUUUCCUAAGGAAAACUGAUGUUUCAGACGGUUGUAUGGCCGAAUCUCGAAAACUCAAAACACAACAAAAAGAACGCAGAAUGCAUAAGGUCGAAAAUAAGAAUGUUGAAAAUCUGAAAUGUCGAAAAUGGAGAAUAGCAAACGGUAAAAAUAACGAAAAUGUCAGUUUUGGAAGCGGACUCGUAUCUCCAAAAUAUUUCUUUGCUCAUAAGGUGCGGGCAAUUCAAAACUUCCACGCCAUAUUAUUUCUAACUUUAUUGCACAUGGUUAGAUACGUCUCGUCAGCUAAAUUCGAGUAUAUGUUUUAGGCUCUGGAAACACUCCUGGAGCGAAAAAUGUGCGAAAAACCUGGAAAUAUGACGGUGGUCCAAAAACCGGUUUUUGUACAGUAAAACUGAUUGUACUAUGACGUUUUCGAACUCCGCAACUCUUUUUUUCGAGUUCUACGUGAAAAACUGAAUAGGGAAAGACUAUUUUCCUAUCCGACAACUUUAAUUUUGUUCGAAUUUUUUCGUUUGAAAAAUUACCGAGAUUUUCACCUAAAACUAAAAAUUAACUGAAAAUAUUGAAGUACACAUGAUGCGACUCAGUUUUUGAUUCUGAUUCCGAAUACGAUAUUCUUAUUGCUCAAAAGUUGAGUUCUGAUCGAGAAAACUGAGAAUUACGGACAUAAUUCCAACUGUUUCGCCUCUGAUUUAUGAAAGAGGGCAAGAAGAACACCGAGAGAAUAUUAAUAAAGUAAAUAAAGGUCCUGCUCCUACACAAUUAAAAUCUCUGUUAGCAGACCAUUAUGCGUUUGGCGACAAUUGUAAUACUGACUUU